AAAUUAAGGCUAAAUGUUGCUACACAAAGCUCUGAUAAGAAUAAGAGGAAUACCACAAGAGAGACUUUCAUACCAGAAGGUCUCUACCCUGGCACUGUUAAUGAGACACCACCAGACAUGUCAGUGUGUGUAUCACUGGUCUCCUACACCACUGAUGCCUAACACGCUGCUGCCAGGUCAAGCAGUAUCUAAACUUUCUCAAACACGUUUGUGUGCCUGCAAUCUCUCACUUGCUGGAUUGCAGUCAUCAUCAACAUUUCCGAGUUUUCAUAGAUCACAAUUACUUCCAAUAUUUGCUAAUGUUCUGCAGAAAGCUGAAUACUUGUUCCCUAACAGAAAAAGCAGUUAUUGGGCAAAAAGGCCAUGGCAUAAGACUGGUGUCAGAAAAAUUCAUACUAGUGAUUGUAGGAAGGAUAUUCCAGAGUAUUUACAAGGCAGCAUAAGUGAAGUGGCCAGUGUGGACAACGAUCUGUUUGACAAUGACGAGGUGAAGGAUGAUCUCUAUCAUGACAUGGAAGAUGACAUUAUUGACUUCUUUACCUCGCAUCUUAUAUCGUACGAGGAGACGGAUACAAGCUUCAGUGUACAUUGCCCAGCUUGUUCAACUAAGGAAGGUGAUACACAAGUGCAAGAGAUAUUUGUGGAUAAAAAUUCAGAACGUGAGCAUUCAUACCCUGAAGAAAUUUGGUGCAAGAGUAACAAACGAUGAAUCUCGUGUGGUCCUUCCCGUUGCCAACAGACAAGGAGAGGUCAUAGGCUUCGAAAGUAUUUCUCUCCUCCACUAUUUUCCUCAGGUUAUUCGACGCUUCAUCAAGGAGGAGGUGAAAGCUUUCAGUGUGAUGAGUAGCAGCAGGAAAGAAGAGAGAGUUAUUGUAGUGCCAACAUGUUGUGAUGUUCUUGUGUUGGCAGAGCACAACAUCCCAGCUGUUUCUCUUCCUUCUGCCAGUGCUGAGGUACUGGCGGAGUAUUUACUUGAUUGUGGGAAGAAUGAGGUGGUGUUGUGGUACCGUGGUGAAGCACCUCCACGACCACUACUGCUCUCACUUGUUGAAGUAGGAGUAUCAUGUUCACUGGUUCUCUCGUCAUUGAAUGACCGUCCAAUACACACCAAGCCAGUAGAGGAAAUAAAGGCUGCUCUUAGGACUACCAUCCCAGUGGUAUCAGAGAGCAUCACUACCUUCCAGCAACUCAAGGAUAAGAUCUAUCACAGGAUCACACACAAGGAAGAGACUUGUGGUGUGCAGUGGAAGAGGUUCGUCGAGCUUAAUACACUGCUGCUGGGUCACCGGGCUGGGGAAAUGACGGUGUUGACGGGUCCAACUGGUUCAGGCAAGACCACCUUUAUGGCAGAAUAUUCUCUCGACCUCUGCAGUCAAGGGGUUAAAACAUUAUGGGGCAGCUUUGAAGUGAGUAUUGUAAGACUGUGUGAGGUGAUGCUGCAACAGUUUAGUGGAGUUCCUCUCCCACAAGACCUCACUAAUUUCAACACCUUGGCUUCACAGUUCUCCAUAUUGCCCCUCCACUUUCUCACUUACCAUGGACAACAGAAAAUUUCUACCAUCAUAGAGAUGAUGACGAAGGCUGUUAAAAUUUGGGGUAUCCAGCACGUUAUCAUUGAUAACCUCCAGUUUAUGUUAGGCACUUGCGAACAACAACAAGACAGGUGGUUGGAGCAGGAUAGAGCAGUCACUGCCUUCCGACGAUUUGCUACGCUCAAUAAUUGUCACGUUACUCUAGUCGUGCAUCCCAAGAAGGUAAGUCACACUUUAACAUCUUUGUAGAAUAAAAAGGCACACUACCAUGACUGGAACAAUACACAAACACACAAAUUCUGAAUUGAUUUAGGAGCCCAUCUCAAGUCAUAAGUAUGUCUAAAAUGACACAGUAUGAUGCGUAAUUAAUCCCGGCAAGCAAGAACAUAGGC